AUGAUGGACGCUACCUUUUCUUUGGAUAGUUUGUUUUUUAAAGGACCGGAUGAAAAACACAAAUAUCUAGAAAAUGAAGCGCCAACAAACUGGUAUCUUGCAACUGUUCCAUCUGUUUUUGAAAUUCCACCAAGUCAAAAGCUACAAAUGGAAUUUGAUAAAAAUAACCAGCAAGAUGAAUAUGGUGAUGAAAGCGCCUGCUCAGCAUUCAGGAAAAGCUUAUUUAAACCAACUGAUUAUAUGUAUGCAAAUACAGACUGCAAAGAGAACACCAAUGCCAAGAAAGAAAUAGACACAUAUUGUAAUAUUUCUAACAACAAAAGGAUGAAAAUGGGAGACCUAUGGAAAAAUAAUAUGCAGAUCGCACAAUAUUCAGAUUUUAAUCUGCUUAGUGUAAAUGAUAUUUUUUCUGCUUCUGCAAAUGGAAAAGGAAUUGAAGUACAGUCAUUUCCUUGUAUUUCAAAGAGCUCUAGUGUGGAAGGAACAGCUAAAAAGGAAAUGAUGAUUUUGAGAGCUGUCACUGAAAUCCCUGUUCAGUUUAGAAAUAUUUUCAAAGAGUUCCCGUACUUUAAUUAUAUUCAGUCCAAGGCUCUGGAUGAUCUCCUUUAUACAGACAGAAAUUUUGUGAUCUGUGCUCCGACAGGUUCUGGAAAAACUGUGAUCUUUGAGCUUGCCAUUACUAGGUUAUUAAUCAAAGUGCCAAUGCCUUGGUUAAAUAUUAAAAUUGUCUACAUGGCUCCAAUAAAAGCUCUCUGCAGUCAGCGUUUUGAGGACUGGAAAGAAAAAUUUGAACCCAUUGGACUUGUCUGUAAGGAACUAACUGGAGAUACAGCAAUGGAUGACUUAUUUGAAAUACAAUAUGCUCACAUUAUUUUGACUACACCAGAAAAGUGGGACAGCAUGACUAGAAAGUGGAGAGAUAACUCUCUAGUUCAGCUCGUGAAAUUGUUUCUCAUUGAUGAGGUACAUGUUGUGAAAGAUGAAAGCCGUGGUGCUACUCUUGAAGUUGUGGUUAGCCGGAUGAAAACUGUUCAGUCUUCCCUUUCACGUAGCCUCGAGAACCAUGAUGUAGUAUACCCCAUGAGAUUUGUGGCAGUUUCUGCCACAAUCCCAAAUGCUGAAGAUAUUGCAGAAUGGCUUUCGGAUGGCAAGAACCCUGCUGUAUGCCUGAAAAUAGAUGAAAGACACCGACCCGUGAAGCUUCGCAAAAUAGUUCUUGGGUUUCCCUGCAGUAGCAACCAAACGGAAUUCAAAUUUGACUUAACACUAAACUACAAAGUAGCUAGUGUUAUUCAAACGUAUUCUGAACAAAAACCAGCUCUUGUGUUCUGUGCCACAAGGAAAGGAGUUCAGCAAGCGGCUUCUGUCCUAGCAAAAGAUGCUAAAUUUAUUAUGAAUACAGAACAGAAACAAAGAUUACAAAAAUCUGCAAAUUCAGUAAAAGAAGCCAGACUGAGGGAUCUUUUGGUCUGUGGAGUAGCUUAUCAUCAUGCUGGAAUGGAGAUGUGUGAUAGAAAAACAGUUGAAGCAGCUUUUAAUAUGGGAGACAUACCAGUGCUUUUUACUACUAGUACACUUGCGAUGGGUGUAAAUUUGCCAGCACACCUUGUAGUUAUAAAAUCAACCAUGCAUUAUGCUGGAGGAAUGUUUCAGGAGUACAGUGAAACUGAUAUUUUACAAAUGAUUGGAAGAGCAGGGAGACCUCAAUUUGAUACAACAGCAACAGCAGUUAUCAUGACCAGGAUAAAUACAAGAGACAAGUAUAUUCAGAUGUUAAAUGGGGCCGAUACAAUAGAAAGCAGUUUACACACACAUCUUAUUGAACACUUAAAUGCUGAAAUAGUGCUCUACACCAUCACUGAUGUGAACGUCGCUUUAGAAUGGAUACGAUCAACAUUCCUCUACAUCAGAGCUUUGAAGAAUCCAGCUCAUUAUGGUUUUUCGGUUGGAUUGGACAGAGCUGGAAUUGAAGCAAAAUUACAAGAAUUAUGUUUGAAGAAUUUGAAUGAUUUAUCAUCAUUUGAUCUAAUCAAGAUGGACGAAGAACUUAAUUUUAAACCAACAGAAACUGGGAGACUAAUGGCUUGGUAUUAUAUUGCAUUUGAUACCUUGAAAAAGUGUUUCAUGCCUAAGGGAACAGAGACUUUAUCUGAUCUGAUCACGUUGGUAUCCAGUUGUAAUGAAUUUUCAGACAUCAAGUUAAGAACAAAUGAGAAAAAAAUACUGAAUACUUUGAAUAAAGACAAGAAUAAGAUAAGCAUAAGAUAUCCAAUGGAUGGAAAAAUAAAGACAACAGAAAUGAAAGUGAACUGUCUUAUUCAGGCACAGCUAGGAUGCCUUCCCAUACAAGAUUUCACAUUGACACAAGAUAUAGGCAAGAUUUUCAGAAAUGGCAUAAGAGUUACAAAAUGGUUGUCUGAAUUUCUGGCCUCCCAUCAAAACAACUUCCUUAUAUUAUUGAAUUCUUUGAUUUUAGCGAAGUGCUUCAGAUGUAAACUGUGGGAAAACUCACUGUAUGUAUCUAAGCAACUCGAAAAAAUUGGUGUGACAUUGUCAAAUGCAAUGGUGAAUGCAGGCCUGACGUCUUUUAAAAAAAUAGAAGAUACAAAUGCAAGGGAACUUGAAUUGAUUUUGAAUAGACAUCCUCCUUUUGGAAAUCAAAUUAAAGAAUCCAUAGCUCAUCUUCCAAAAUAUGAACUUAAUGUAGAACAGUUGCCAAAAUACAGUGAAACAAUAGCUGAAAUCUUAGUGUCAGUCAUAUUAACCAACUUUGAGCAGCUGCAGAUCAAAAGAACUGCUCCCGAUUAUCAUUAUGUAACUUUAGUAAUAGGAAAUGAUGAUAAUCAAGUUGUUUUUAAGCAAAAGAUUACGGAUUCUGCUAUGCAAAAAAUUGGAAAUUGGACUAAAAAGGUUGAAAUAAGAAGAGCUGUUAAAUCUGAGGAGCUUACCAUUAAUCUAAUCAGUUCUGAAUAUGUUGGGCUAGAUAUUCAGCAAAAAUUUAAAGCUGUUUACAUAGGACCAAAGAGGUAUGGAAAUAAAAUGAUCAGCAUACAUGAAAACAUAGAAGAUGAAUGUUCAUCUGAUAGCUUACCAGAAACCAGGAUUACUAAAGGAACUACUAACCAAGAGAAUCUCAACAUAAAACAUGGGAACAGAAAAUGCAACCAUCACUGUAAAAAUAAAGAAAUAUGUGGACAUGACUGCUGUCAAAUUGGAGUCUCAAAGAAAUCUAACUUGAGGAAAGAGGCAAAAUUUUCUUCCUAUCUUGCCGAUUUGAGGAAUCGGGAUGCUGUGUCUGCUGUUCCCCCAGUCAAGCGAUUAAAGAUGAAUCCAUCAAAUAAAUCUCAGAAUUUACAGCUUCAACAAUUUAGUUAUACUAAAUCUUUACUUCCAAGAUUGUCAAGGUCAGAAUAUGCACCGCGUUCAGAGUUUACUUUAUUAGAUGAGGGGAAUGAACCUGAUGUUCCUGGAAGAGUUCAGGUGCAACCUGAAGGUUUCAAAGAUACUGGUUUCUUUGUCAGCAAGCAACCUGCAACUUUCAAUGAAAAGAGACAUCGGACAAUAAUUUCAAACAAAAAUCUAAAAGAGUCUUUAAUGAAUAACUUGACUGAUGCAGAUAAAAGCUACACUUUGUUUUCAGAACCUUUGAAUGUGAACUUUGAAUUAGGAGAUGAGGUUUGGUAUGGUAGAAGUUUAGUAAAUGCUGAUAUGGACAAUUCAGAACGUCAUCUGGGAUCUAUAAACACUUGCCUUCAGAGUUCAGGAAGAAUUGAAUCUCUUUUCCAUGGUAAGCAGAGGGAAUAUCCAGGUGCACAGUUAAAGAGUUUUUCCAUGCUGAAAGAGAAACCUAAUAUCUUCCUACAAAAUUCUGACUUUUCGUCAUUGAGUCCACCAUCACCAUAUGUGAAAUCACCUACAGAACAUAAAAAUAAACAAAAAUUUGGCUUUCAAGAAGGAAACAGUCCUCCGCAACAGUUGACUACAACUUCAGAAGCGGUCUCAGGAUCUUACAGAUUUGCUGGAAAGGGGGACUUUUUUAUCUGUAACAAAGGAAUGGCAAAAGAGACUGAUCUCAGUUGGGUUUUGCAGUUAGUUCAGCAAGGUUAUGCUUUGGAAUUUAAACACAGGCCUAAAAUAGGCCCCCCUCCUCAAAAAUUGGGCUCACCACCAUCCCCUGCUUUGCAGGAUGCUUUGAGUGAUUCAGUCAAAAAAGGGGCAGUUCAGGUUGUCAAGUUUUCUCAACAGUUAGAUGGGUUUUAUUCUCUUUUGUUUGUGGUUACCAAGAAAGAUGGGGGGUUAAGACCUAUUCUUGAUUUAAGACGUUUACACAAGGGUUUGCAGUACAAGAAGUUUAACAUGCUUACCAUUCAGAAUGUUCUACAGUUAUUAAAAGUUGGUUGGUGGUACAUUGUGGUUGAUCUUAAAGAUGCUUAUUUUCACAUUUCCGUUCAUGAGGAUCACCGGAAAUAUCUGAGGUGCUACUUCGAGAGGGCAAAGAAAAGAACUGAGGGAAGGGGGCACCGCCUCGCUACUCCACGUCAUCGGAGCAGGAAACGGAGCGCAUGUGCGGUGGAGUCGGUGCCCCCUAUCUAUCUAUAUGAAGCUAAAGAAAUCCUUUCCGUGGUAGGCCUGCACAAGCGCAGUCCCCAAUGUGUGCCUGCACAGAAGACAUCUUGA